UCAAAACUCGCUGUGCAUUUAGAGCCUGAUCUUGUGCAGAAAAUAUCCCUGACAUUUGAAGAGCUCCAGGGAUUUAGUGAGCAUGCUCAGUUGUGGCCGACUGCUAGAAAGAGGAAGCUAGUUUACAUAGGAGUCAUACCAAGCAUAGCCUGCAUGUCAGCGCAGUUAACUUGCAGCGGGCUGUGAGGAGAAUUAGCAUGUCUUUGUCCUAGGAAGCCUGAGCUCUUCCAGGCCUUACCCUCCCCCAGCGCAAUCUCAGUGGCGACCGUGGGCAUAACCUACUCUCCACUUUCUGCCUCCAGAUCUCGAGCUCCUGAAGGGGGAUUUUUUUUUUUUUGCUUCCCACCCGCCUUUUCCCCCCCCCCCCCGCUACUUCAUUUUAAUACACUUUUGUUUUGAUUAGUCGGAGGCUGGGCCUUGAGGCUGGUGGAACUUGGGAAGGAGCCUGGAGCAUUUAUUUGCCUGUGUUCUUGCUGCUGUUGCGGGGUGAAAGCAAGCAAGCUGGUCUUCUUUGCUAGCCCACUAAAUGCUAUUUAUGAAGAUGGACCUGUUGAAUUACCAGUACUUGGACAAGAUGAACAACAAUAUUGGCAUUCUCCGCCAGUAUGAAGGUGAAGCUGCACUACGAGGAGAGCCCAGGAUACAGUCUCUCCCCAUAUCUGCUGCUGCAACCAACCACAGGACUGGGCCACCCCCAAUCAGCCCUUGCAAAAGGAGGUUCAGCAUGGACCAAGGAGAUGAUGAUCUAGACUGUGAAAAGGAACAUAUACCUAAAAUGAGUCGAUUGUUCAGUCCUCAUCUAAUGAAGACUGCAAAUGGGGAUUACCGAAAAGAACAUAGAGAAAGGAGUCGUAGUCCUAUAGAACGGGCUGUUGCACCAACAAUGGGCCUUCACGCUAAUCAUAUAUAUGCCUCAAUCCCAAGCUUAACUAUGGAGCAACCUCUAGCACUGACCAAAAACAGCAUGGAUGUUAUUCGGUCUGUAAGCAUGACUCCUACAAUGACGUCAGUGGAACGGCAGCAGAACCGUCCAUCUGUAAUCACAUGUGCCUCUGCAAGCAAUCGAAACUGUAACCUUUCUCAUUGUCCAAUUGUGCACAGUGGAUGUGGUGCUGCUGUGCCAACCAGUUACCGAAGACCGUCUAGCACUACUGCUGCGUGUGAUCCGGUGGUAGAAGAACACUUCCGCAGAAGCCUUGGCAAGAAUUACAAGGAGCCAGAGCCAGUGACAAACUCUGUAUCCAUCACAGGAUCCGUCGAUGACCACUUUGCCAAAGCUCUCGGAGAUACCUGGCUUCAGAUCAAAGCUGCCAAGGAUGGUGUGUCCAAUAGUCCAGAGUCUGCUUCCAGGAGGGGCCAGUCCUCUUCUCCUCCUUCCUCCCAUCUGGUCAAUCAUAAUCAUUCACCUUCGGUUGUCUCAUGAACACGGGACCACAACUUUCUUCAUCGAAGCAGAAGUUGGUAUUGUUUUGGCUGAGCUUGAACAGUACUCAAAACGAAAAGUGUUGGGAGGGAUGAUAUAAAAGGAGAUAACAAUUCAAUACAUGUUUUAACAAUUCAAUACAUGUUUUGUGUUUGGGCUUUUAUAUAUAUAUAUAUAUAUAUAUAUAUAUAUAUAUAUAUACACACACACACACACACACACACACACACACACACACUUAAAAUUGAUAGCAGGAACUAUUUGAUUUUUAAUUGUUUUUAAUAAUGUAGCACUCUUUUUUUCCUGCCUCAGUUACCAAAGAAACCUCUGAUGCAACUCUGCUGCCCCCCCUUUCUGAAAACAAAAUGUAGACGCAAGUAAAUAGGGAAAAAGAAAAGAAGAAAAAAGCCAUUCUGUACAGUUGAUUGACCCAAAUGCUUGUUUGCUUUGAUUAGCUUCUUGAGGGUAGAAUUGUGUCUGGAUUUUGUCUCCAUUACUUUCUUCUCCCUUUGUGAAGUAAUGUUGUAUGUAUAUACUUGAAAAGAACUGUUGUGUAUGAUUUGCACUAUUGGAGGAGGUUAGGGUUGCAUAGCAACUUUAGGCAGGAUGCUUCUAUUCGGAGGGCAAACUGCUUGGCAAAAAGCAUCUGGUGUCUCUGCCUCUUGAAAACAAGAAGCAACAUUUGUUUAGGAAGGGGAAGUCUCAUACAGGUUAUAGGUCUUCUCGGUGUAGAUUUCAGGUGCUUCAUGCUUGCAACUGGACUGCAUAAUCAACAGAUCAUGGGCAUUUUUUUUUUCCACUGCAGUUUGUUAGAAUAGAACUGAGGUAAGAGGGUUCAAUAGUGCUUAAAGAUGCAUGUUUUAUGGAAAAAUAGCUGGUAUCUAUUAAUGUAUAGACAGUAAGAAAUAUAUUAGCCUUCGUUGAAAACUAGGUUUUCUUUUUCCAUUAACAGUCCUAGAUAAACUUACUGCUGGUACAGUUGUACUCUGAUACUUGUAUUUGAUAUUCAUUUUCGUAGCAGCCAGCAACCUUGGACAGUCGCCUCUGGUCAGGCCUCAACUGAAGCAGUUUAUAUAUCAUGGAGUGCUAUGAGAUUCAGGAUGCUACUAUGGCAUUUGUGACAAUUUUCAUGUGGAGAAUCAGCUGCUCAAAUGCAAAUUUACUUACUGAAACAUAUUUAUCCAUGUAUGCUCUAGUUGCAGAAAUCUAAUUUUUGAGGCUGCUUAUAAACCUAGGCCAAGGCACCAUACAUUCCUCUUUUUUUAUAAAGGUGUUACUUGCAUUUAUCUCAUUUGCUGUAUUAAUAGUCACUAACUAGGUAAUAGAGGCAGGCAUACAGAACAGACUUCUUUUAGUAGUAAUGGGCUCAGCUGUUGUUGUUUUUUUAAUGUCACAACUCACCCAUAAUCCCUGCACAUUCCAGCAGUUACAACUAGUCCAUUUAACAGUGGGUUACCUGAAAAGAUAGAUGCUGUUGAAAGCAUAUAGGAUAAGGCAAAAGUCUGAAGUGCACGUGAUGUCCUUUGGACUACGUUAUAGCAUUGGGGCCAGAAUUUAUAUUUUUGUAAAAAUGAAAACCACGGUUAGAAAAGAUCAGCAAAGGAUCUGUUUUGUCUUAUUCCAUAGAGAGAGUAGCUACCUACUUUUAAAAGCAAGAAAAAGACAAGAGAAGCUCCUUGUUCAUCGCCCCUUUCACAUAUUUUACGGUCAUGUGAAUGGGUAGUUAAAUGCUCAGUCACCUUUGGCAUUCAGUACCCCACCCCCUGUAAGAAAAGUGCAGAAAAAAACCUUUUUUAUAUAGGUAACUUUAAGACCAUCAUUACGCUGUGCGUAAAGAAUGUACAGAGAAAUUUGUAGGUAUUUUUUUGAGGAACAAUUAAUUUGUUAAUGAUAUGUAGCUAUUUAAUUUUUCCCUUUCCUUUAUUGUAAUCAUUCUCUUUUGUUUUUGUCUGGAGAAAAAAGUUGAUCUUUUUUUGUUGUUGUUGUAGAUGUCUGUAAUACAGUAAAAGUGCAGGAACACAGUUAUUCUAUAAGAACACUGCAUUAGCAAUUAAUAGCCACUAGUGUGUUGUUGCUACAGGCUACUGAGCGGUCUAACAAGUACUAAUGACUGCAGAUGGACUUUGUGGAUACAGAACUCUUUUGACAUUUCUUUGAAGCACAAAACUACAAAGUUAAAUUUACUUAUCUGUGAUAAGUAAGUGGGGCAUGAAAUAAUCACUGCAGUCCUAACACACAAUACAUGGACAUACACUUGUGUUGAUUGUGGUGCAACAUUUUUUGAAGUAAAUGCAUUGAGGAUUAUCUUCUCAGUGCAAUGUGUACUAUAUACACAAAACCAUUUGGAAGAAAAAAAAUAGUCCAUGGAAAACAGAAUUAUUGUUUAAAAACCAAAAUGGUCGAGAGGGGGAGGAGAAGGAGAAAGGAUAUUAACCUCAUUCUUACAUGAAGUUUUUUUUCACAGAGCCACAGGAUCUACAGUCCAGAUUGAACAAUGUUCUCCAUAUUUGUAAAUCUGUAACAUAUCAUUCUUUUGUGGCCUUGUUUCACCUGGCAAUUUUUAAAAAAGGUUUGGCAGGCCAUCUUUUUUUUUUGUACUUAAAAGUAGCCUUAAUGAACAAUAAAGUGCUCUUAAAUCUUA